AUGAGGAAAGCUAGCUGGAGUAGAAAGAACUUUCUGCUUGUGGCAGGACUGUCACUUAUAGGUGUCCCUUUUGGAAGCAUGCUCGUAAACUUUGUUGCAAAAAAAUCUGUUCGAUCACAUUCAGAAGCUAAAAAAGAAGAUCGUCGUGAAUGAUAU